AUGGACGCCUCCGCCGCAGCGCCGUCGUUGCACCGUACGCUGUCGUUCCAUGGUCGAACGGGUACAUCCAUGGCCGUGGCCGCCGACGCCACCGUAGCGCAGUUGCACCGAACGUUGUCGUGCCCAUCGGAUUUCUUCUACCUCGUCCCGCCGCCGACGUCCCAGGCCGAGGCCGUGUACAGGUUCGCCCACGGCGAGGUCGGCGACGACGCGGACCUGUACGAACUGCUCCACUCCCUGGAACGGGAGCUCGAAGAGCUGGACCAGCGGGAAGAGCGCGUGCGCGUCGAUAUGGCCCAGCUCCGGCGCGAGGUGCGGUCCACGGAGGAGGCCCUGAAGGGCGUCCAGCAAGACACGCCCCUCGUCGUCGGCCACGUCGUUGAGAUCGUCGGCGAGGACCACGCCGUCGUCGAAGAGGAGACCGACGACGGGAGCCCGCACGGAUACUACGUGCGCGUCCACGGCGCCGUCGACCGCGCGCGCCUCAAGCCCUCGGCGACCGUGCUGCUCCACGCGUCACCGUCGCACGCGGUCCUCGAGGCGCUGCCCGUGGACGCCGCCGGCGAGGGCGCCGCCGCUGCGUCGUCCCUGCUCGUCGCGGAGGGCGAGAGGCCGGGCGUCACGUACGACGACGUCGCCGGGUGCGAGGCGCAGAAGCGGGAGGUCCGCGAGGCCGUGGAGCUGCCGCUGACGCACCCCGAGCUGUUCGCGCGCGUCGGCGUGGACCCGCCGCGCGGCGUACUCCUGUGCGGCCCACCGGGCACCGGCAAAACCAUGCUCGCCAGGGCCGUCGCGCACCACGCUUCAGCGGCGUUCUUCCGCGUCAGCGGCGCCGCGCUCGUGGGGAAGUUCCUCGGCGAGGGGCCCCAGAUGGUUCGCGACGUGUUCCGGCUCGCCCGGGAGAAGGCGCCGUCGAUCAUCUUCAUCGACGAGGUGGAUGCCGUGGCGGCGGCGGCGACAUCGGACUCGGGCGCCGACCGCGAGGUGCGGCGCGUGCUGGUGGAGCUGCUGGCGCAGAUGGACGGGUUCGACGGCGACGGCCGCGCGGGCGACGGCGUGCGCGUGAUCAUGGCGACGAACCGCCCGGACACGCUGGACCCGGCGCUGCUCCGGCCGGGGCGGCUGGACCGCAGGGUGGAGUUCCCGCUGCCGGACAGGCGGCAGAGGCGGCUCGUGUUCCGGGCGUGCGCAGCGGGGAUGAGCCUGGACGGCGGCGUGGACCUGGAGAGCCUGGCGGCGCGGCACGACCGGAUGAGCGCCGCCGAGAUCGCGGCAGUGUGCUUCGAGGCCGGCAUGCGGGCGGUGCGCGGCGACCGGCCCGUGGUGACGAGCGAGGACUUCGAGGAGGGGUACCGCGCCGUCGCCAAGAGGCCCGAGUGCGGCGCCUAUUACGAGCUUAGCUACGACAGCUGA